AUGGCCAUGAAACGUCAAGGACAUGAUCGGUGUGAGAAGCCCUCCGGUUCCGAGUUAGACUGUCAACGCCCUGGUGUCCUGGCAGUUCUCGAAAGCCAGACGCACUCGUUACAGUGCGUCCUAGAUUUCCCCUCAGAUCCAUGGCCCUGGGCCCGUUGGCGAAGCUUUGAGGCGGAAGCCUCUGUAUGUGGUCUGGUCCUGGGCCCCUACAUGGCCCGCACGAUAGGAAGGAUGGCAGCGAACUGGGGGUGGCGAGCUCACCGUGCUUCAAAGGAAUUGUGGAUAGGAUUCUAUCACAUGCGACUCUCACACCCCAAAGUCAAACCGUCGUCCCAGGAGUCUGGGACUAUCACGCUAUGCCAGCCCAGUGCCCAGCUACACUACUUUGGCAGGCCUGGCAAGCCUGGCCUGGAUAGGUGCCGCCAGUCCGCCACAAGCGAUUGCGGCACGGGCAAAACCGUUAAUCCUGCCACCUCAUGCGGACACGCUAACAUCAGCAAGACCACCACGCAGCACCGCGCCGUCGUUGCCCUAGGCCAGUAG